CCCUCCCAUGUCUCAUCAUUUUCGUCUUCAUUCCCUCCUUUGACCUUCCACACCUGAUAUAAACAAUAACAAGCAAACAAACCUCACCAGUCACCACAGUUCAGAUUGAAAAGUUAAGCAAUUCUCCAAACGAACACACAUAAGCUUGGUCCUUGGAAACUCUACACUCCACAGUGUAUAUAAAACUGUUUUAAGUGUUACGAGCGAGUGAGUGAGAGAGUGAAAGAAUCCUCAAAGAUCAGAAAAGAGAAGAGAGAAAGAGAUGAAGAAUAUUUUCAAGAAGCUUCACAAAGGGACCAGCCACGACGCUAACCGACUCAAUGAAACUUCUGCUUCAAACGCCUCAUCCUCAUUCGCCGUCGAUCACCCCGCAGUUCAGAAUUCGGCGGACUAUUUUUCGUCGGAGGAAGAAUUUCAGGUGCAGCUUGCGCUCGCCAUAAGUGCUUCGUCCAAUUCGGACUUCCGCGGUGAUCACGAGAAGGAUCAGAUCCAUGCGGCGACGCUGUUGAGCUUAGGAGGACGUGGAAUCGAUUCAACAAGGAUUGAUAACGGUGUGGCGGAGGCGCUGUCCAGGCAUUAUUGGGAAUACAGCGUGCUUGACUAUGAACAGAAAGUGGUUGAUGGUUUUUAUGAUGUAUAUGGGCUUUAUACUGAUUUAACAAUGCAAGGAAAGAUGCCAUCUCUGAGAGAUCUUGAAGCAGAACCUGAAAGCUCUGGCUUCGAAGUUGUCAUAGUUGAUCGUACAAUUGAUCCUGCUAUUGUAGAGCUGUUGCAAAUUGCACAUUGUAUUGCAUUGGACUGCCCUGUCACUGGGCUUGGUAUUUUGGUUCAAAGGAUUGCUGAACUUGUUACAAGCCAUAUGGGUGGUCCUGUAAAGGAUGCUAGUACUAUAUUGGCAAGAUGGACAGAAAGAAGUACUGAGUUAAGAACAUCUCUACACACAAUCAUGUUGCCUCUUGGAUGCAUAAAUAUUGGGCUCUCCAGACAUCGUGCUUUGCUUUUCAAGGUAAUAGCUGACAAUAUCAAUAUGCCUUGUAGACUGGUUAAAGGCAGUCAUUAUACUGGUGUUGAGGAUGAUGCUGUCAACAUUAUAAAGUUGGAGGAUGAAAGGGAGUUUUUGGUUGAUCUCAUGGCUGCUCCUGGCACACUUAUCCCAAUUGAUAUUUCAAAUUCAAAGGAUCCUUCCUUUAAACCUUACAAUCCUAAGGUCUUACCAAGUUUUCCUUCCACUAAGGAAACUGAUUAUCCUAACACGAGACCAAUGUUAUCUCAUGGUGAAGGUAGCAGUCAAAAUUUUGCUAUGAGAAAUGCUUUGCCUCCACUGAAUGAAAAACCAUGUUUUGACGAGUCAGCUUCAAGCUUUCGUUUGAAUGGAGACACCGGUGUUGGAACUUACAAAAUGCCUAAUUCUUUGAUGCCUAACCAACCAGAAAAUAUUGCACCACUAUCUGGAGUUUCUCUAUACAAGGGGACCCAUGGAAAUGUGGCUGGUGAUAGGACUAGAUUAAAUGUCAACAUUGUGCCAUAUGGCCAGAAUAGCCCCGAUGACUCUCAAAGCCUUUUUGCAGAUCUUAACCCUUUCCAGAUAAAAGGAAUUGGCAAGACAUUUGUGCUUAACAAAUCAGGAGCAAAUAAAGCUCAUGAUCUUCAGAGUACAAGAAACAAUACCGUCACUGGUCGACCACCGAUCCCACCAAAAUGGACAAAUCGUUAUGCUUACAAUGAAGUCCCUAGGAACCUUAGUUGUGAUCCUAAUGAAUAUAGCCAACCUUUAUUAGCUUCUAGUAGUUCUUCUAAGAUUGAACUGAAUGAUUCCAAACCACCAUAUAGUUCAAACUUAAAUAAUAAUAGAAAUACCCAAAAAUUGGCUCAAGGAACUUGUGCAGUUUCUCCAUCUUAUGCAGGUGAACUUAACACGGCUGAAGAUCUAAACACUGAUUGUAAAAAAGGGGAUAUGGAAUAUUCUCCAAAUGACAAAGUUGAUGUGGUUAAAGAACAUGAAAACAUUUAUAGUGGUCAACUUGACCCAAGGAAAUCCACACAUGACAGGUUCAUGGGGAAAAAUAUGAAAUUAAGGGAUUUAGAGAGUCAGAACCUGUCAGUUGACUCCAUUACAAAAAGGGUUGAUCAAAUGUUGGAUGAUGUAGAUGUCAGUGAAUGUGAGAUUCCAUGGGAGGAUCUUGUUAUUGGAGAAAGAAUUGGUCUAGGUUCAUAUGGUGAGGUGUACCAUGCUGACUGGAAUGGCACGGAGGUUGCUGUGAAGAAAUUUUUGGAGCAGGAUUUUUCAGGUGAUGCCUUGAAUGAAUUCAAAAGAGAAGUACGGAUAAUGCGUAGACUGCGUCAUCCAAAUGUUGUUCUUUUCAUUGGUGCUGUUACACGUCCUCCCAAUCUUUCAAUCAUUACAGAGUUUCUUCCCAGAGGAAGCUUGUAUCGAAUACUUCAUAAUCCUAACUGUCAGAUUGACGAGAAACAAAGGAUUAAGAUGGCUCUGGAUGUGGCCAGAGGCAUGAAUUGCUUACAUACCAGCACACCUACAAUUGUUCACAGAGAUCUCAAGUCUCCGAAUCUUUUGGUGGAUAAGAACUGGAAUGUUAAGGUCUGUGAUUUUGGGUUGUCACGCUUGAAACAUAAUACGUUCUUGUCAUCCAAGUCAACAGGUGGAACGCCCGAAUGGAUGGCUCCUGAAGUUCUCCGCAACGAGCCCUCGAAUGAGAAGUGUGACGUCUAUAGUUUUGGGGUCAUCCUAUGGGAGCUUGCCACUCUAAGGCUGCCCUGGAGUGAAAUGAAUCCUAUGCAAGUUGUUGGCGCUGUGGGUUUCCAAAACCGCCGUCUUGAUAUCCCUAAGGAAGUUGACCCUAUAGUUGCAAGAAUAAUAUGGGAAUGCUGGCAACAGGAUCCAAAUUUGCGUCCAUCAUUUGCACAGCUCACAACGGCUUUAAAGCCCCUUCAGCGUCUAGUUAUCCCAUCCCAGCAAGACUAGGAUAUUUCUGUAAAUUCUACCCCAUGAAAUGCAUCAUAUGCAAUUGUAUAUAAUUGCUAUAAUUGAUCGGUCGUAGUCCGAUCCUUGUUUUCCACACACAAGUUUAGUCUACACAAAAUAGUAUAUAAUUAACUCAAGACAGUCGUUUUAUAAUUGGAAGUUGAUCUGUUGACAAGAAACUAAGAUCAACAAACCGUAUCUGCUGCGUUUCUUAGAUGCGAGUUCUUUCGGAACGUUAUGCAAUUUUCCCGGGGAAAUAAAGGGAAUAGGGAUAUAUCCGUGUAUCUGACAUGUUGAUAGUGGAUCGGGACCAAAUUAUAGUGUAGAAGCAUGAAUUGAUCCUUUUUUUUAAUGGUGGAUAUACUAACUUACUAAGUGUUCUUGGUA